AUGGUUCAAGAAUCAGAUAAAAAAAAAAUUGAAGAAUCUUUUAUUGAUGAAACAUUAGAUUUGACUAAAAAAAUGGAACAAAUUAAUGAUCUUAAAAAAAAGGAACUAGAAGUUGAAGGAAAGAAACGACAUUUAGAAGAGUUAAGAAAUCAAUUAAAAGAAAAGCAAGUAAUGAUUGAAGAAAUAACAAAGUUAAGUAAACAUUUGGACUCUGAACCAUUAACAGAAGAUGGUAAAUUGACUGAGGAAACAAUAUCAAAAGUACGCGAAAAUUUGGAAAGUGCUUUAAUUGACAAAAAAGAAGAUAAUAAGUCAGAAGAAGUUAAUAAUGAUAACAAACAGGAGCAAACAGAAAAAAUGGAUUUGGCAGAAGCUGUAAAGUAUCUUGAAAUCAAAUUAUCAAGUGAUAACUUAUUAAGUGGAAAAAAUAGAGAACAAAUAGAGCAUAUUCAAGCUUCUGUUAUGAAGAUAAAAGAAAAUGAAAAAAGAUUAAGAGAUGAAUUGGAUAAAAGAAUGAAAAGGAGAGAUGAAAUAGUAAAAGAAUUGGCUAGAUCUCAAGAGACAAUGAAACUUAGAAUGAAAAAUAUUGAAGAUUUAAAAGCUCAACUUGCUGCUAUAAAAGAACUUAAAGAAAAAAAAGAAAAAGAACAGGAAGAGAAAAAAAAAAUUAAUGAUGAGAAUGCCGAAAAUGCCAAAUAA